GUUAAAGAGCUAGGCACUGUCUAUAAGAGGACACCGACUGCAUCAACUGAGGGAGAAAGAACAUUUUCUAUUCAUUUCUUCUCAAGAAACAUAAGAACCCAUAAAAAGCCAAAAUGUGCAAAGGAUUAGCCGCCCUGCCCCACACCUGCCUGGAGAGAGCAAAGGAGAUAAAGACCAAACUCGGGACUCUUCUCCAGAAGCCUGAAUCAGCCAUCGAUUUGAUUAUCCCCUAUCCAGAUAAGCCUGAAAAAACACCAAAAGCUUCUAAGCCAUCGGCAGAAGAAGCAGGGCAAUGGCGUGAUUCACUGGAUAAGCUGCUGCAGAACAGCUAUGGUCUCUCUGUCUUCCAGGGUUUCCUGAAGUCAGAGUUCAGUGAGGAGAACAUUGAGUUCUGGAUGGCCUGUGAGGAUUACAAAAAGGUCAAGUCUCCAUCCAAGAUGGCAACCAAGGCCAAAAAGAUCUAUGAUGAGUUCAUCCAAACAGAGGCUCCCAGAGAGGUCAAUAUCGACCAUUUCACCAAAGCUGUUACCAUGAAGAACUUGGUUGAACCAUCGUCUUCAAGUUUUGACCUUGCCCAGAAGAAGAUUUUUGCUCUGAUGGAAAAAGAUUCACUGCCCAGAUUUGUGCGCUCAGAAUUCUAUCAGGAGCUAAUAAAGUAGCGGUGUAAUGGAGCUGUGCAGUGGAUUCUUAGCACUCCUUGAGUCCCAGACACUGGUUAGCUGGCAUUUUCCUAUUGUGUCUGCUUUGGCCAAUGUGUGCUUUGUAUGAUUUUGUUGUUAUGGUGUCCUAUAAGUGUAAUAUAAAAGUUGAUUUAUAUACAACUCCAGAUAUAUCACAUCAAACUUUUUCAGUGAUGUGUACAUGAUGGGUGUCCAUCAGUUCUUCACACAAACCCAUCCCAGCAUGUGUCAUAGAGACAGACUGAUGUAUUCUAAUGUAUAAAGCUUUUAAUAACAUGAAUAGGUUUAACACCCUAGAGAUAAGGCACUAUGAAGAGAAUCUGAGAAAGCCAAGUGUUGACCUUUAGCUUGCUACAGUGCAGAAUAUGCUUAUCAGUAUUCAAGGAAGGAAACUCUUCAUUAUGUAUAUGCAACAGCAUUACACACAGGUUAAGGACACUGUAACCGUAAUCACUAAUCAUGUGCUUACACAAGGAGACAUGGUACAUGUGACCAUCCCCAAAUAUUUAACCCUGUCACUAACAAGGUAUUCAGCAUGACCCAAGCAUGCCACAAUUACCUACAUGUGAGGUUUUUUUCCAUUGUAUGGGCUUUGUAACAUGAUUACAUCUGUUAGAAAAGGAAACGUAAAGAAAGAAUAAAUAAAACUUUGGAUCUAGGAAGGCUGUCCAUGUAACAAGUCAAGCUGAAUGUAUACUUCCAUAUCUGUUUUAGAAAUGUCUAAUUUGGAAGCAUUUAUUUGUUUCUAAAUAUUAAAAUAAUGAAUGCAUUAAUUUGACCAAAAUCUAAUAACUACCACUCGGUUAUGUUGAUGACAAGUGUAUCUUAAUGCUUCCAUUGUAUUAAUUUUAUAGAUCUCCUCAGAUUUGAGCACAGGACAACUGCUUUUACAUGCCCUGGUGACCUGCACAGACUGUCAUUGUACGUGAUUGAAAGGAUACUUAUCGAAGCUAGGAUGGAGCUCUUAGUCUUAUGAUAAGUAAAGGGAGGUUAUAUGGCUUGAAAGCAGUCAGGUGUAUGUUUCGGGAAUGGGUUGAAAUGCUUACAGAAAGGUUUGAUAGAUUGAAUGAAGUCAAAUAUGCAGUAAAUGUGGGAGCUGAAGGCUUGCUGAUAAAGGCUCUCAGGGUUUAUAGUGAAAGCACACCUAUAUGAAUAGCUGAAACAUACCUAGCAUUUUAUUAAAUAAUAACCCUCAGCAUCUGCUGCCACUGCCUUUCCAUUGCUUUUUGUCUGAACUACUUUUUGUGGCAGAAAAAAAAACUUUUAUUUCUUUAAAAUGUUAAAUGAGAUUGUGGGUCUCAAUAAAUUUCAGCUACGUGGUGUGUGUACACAAGAUGAUAUUACACAUUUCUAAUUAUAUUUUGGAUCAUGCACAUGAACCUGCCACAUCACUGCAUGACGGCAGCAUAUUCUAAUCUGGAAAAAAACUAUCCCGGAAAACUAUCAUAGAUUGACGGAAAACUCCCUGUACAAUGGUUAUCAAAAAUAUAUUUUCCUUUGCCAUACUCUUCCCACAUUAUUUAUAAUCUCCUCUACUUUUCACAUUUGCAUUUGUUAACCCCACCCAUCUCUUUAUGACUUGGGGUUCUAUUUGCUACUGAAUUUAACAUAAGGAGAUGGUUUACACACAGUAGUUAGAUGCCGUAAAUACUAAUGGAAAGAGCACUGUGAGUGAGCUAGAGUAGGACAAAGGCAGCAGUCAUAACAUGUGUAGCUUCACAGAAUACCAUUUCUCAUUUCUUUAUGUAAUUUAACCAUACAUAUUUAGUUCAAGGCAAAAGGAAUCAAAUCAGUACCCUAAGAUAAGAAAAUUAACUUUUUGCUGAAAGUGCACCUUGGGCCAAGAAUGAAACUACAGUUAUAUGAAUAAAUAAAUGAAGCACUAGCAAAUAAAAUAUUGGUCUAUUAUGCUCUGUCAAAUCAUGAGAAUGUAGUAUAGAGCAUUAAUCUUAAUCUGUCAAAAGAGAGCAAGGCAUUCAAUAUUGUAGCAGUCUGUUACAUUUAUAUUUACAGAUAUCAUCAUCUUCUUCACCUUUACAAGUCAAAACCUCACAUCCAAAUGGCAAUGCGAGGCCAAUGCCCAAGAGAAGCACACCAUUCUUGGUGUGAAAGUACCAUUUCCAGUUACUUGAAUUGGCCAUGCAACACCCUUUAAAGCAUUGUUAAUCUGAUAGUCACAAAACAAAAACUGUAUUACCUUGUUAGCCAGUGUCAAAAA